ACGAGCCAACACGGCCAGUCGGCAGUGAGCGCCGCACCUGAACGGUGUGCAGUUUUUUCGUUUUCCAUCCUCGUGAAAAAAAUUUUUGUUAUUUUUUUUUUUUGUUAUUUUUAUUUCGAUUUCUUUUUUUCCAUUUUUUUGGGAAGAAAAGUGGAAGAAGAAGGAACGUUUUUUUUGUUUUGUUUCUCACGACCGAAUCAAGCGGGACUAUUGUCUUGUGUUUCACACACAUUACCCGACUCUAUUUGACACACACACGAUUCGCUGUGCCUUUGCUUCUGCUGCGCUUCGAUUAUUUAACAAUCGUUUCGCAGUAGUAAAUCAUGCGUGCUGUGCUUCGCCGACCCCCGAGCUGUCACGAGAGGCCUUCACGGCCAUUUUAAAAAGUUCAGAAAAAAAAAAAUUUUUGUUUUAAAAUCAUUUUCAAAAAGUUGCUGAACCCAAUCCCGGACCACCCCUAAAUCAAAAGUUGUCAUUCGACAUUGAAACAACUGGUUUAUAUUGUUGUUGGGAUAUUAUUAUUAUUAUUAUUACCAUUUCUUUUUUCCCCCGGCGAGAUUACAAGACGAGUUCGCUUAUUAUUAUGCAGAGUAACCCAACAUCGCAGCAGCGGGGAAUGAAAAGUUGUGGGGAUUAAAAAACAAAAUUUGAAUAACUAUGGCAACGCCGCCGCCGCCGAAUUGUUUGAUGGAGAAGAAAUACCCCAGAGGCCCCAAAGCAGAAUGCAUUGAAAUUCUUCUGGUUAUGUCCCCCUAGUGAUUGUUGCUGCUGCUGCUGCUGUGUGCUGCUGCUCGUGUGUUUUGAAAGUUUUUUUUUUUUUCAUUUUUAUUUGGUGUGGAAACUUGACUGUGUGUGCGAGUGUGUGAGUUUUGUUUGAUCAUAAUUUGAAAAAGGAAAAAUGUCGACAUGACGCCAUGACUGCACCGGGUUACCGUGAAGGUGAUGGCACGAUUUGGCCCUAACCGGACAGGAGGAAUAUUUCCAAUUGAAAUAUAGGGCACGUCCAAUCGUUUUCGUGUGUGCAAAAAAACGAGCCCAUCAAACUAUUGAAACUCUGAGAAAAUGUCCAAAGCUGACUGCAGGAAGUUUGCUCCCAACGUUUUCAACAAGAACAAGUGUGCCAGCUGCUUCAAAGCCAAGGAUGAGCACAGCGAUGAGGCCCUGGAGAACAAUCGGGCGAGCCGGAAAGUAGCCAAAUGCGGUUACCUGUUUGCCGCGCCCGACUGGGACUUCUCCAAUCCCAUCAACCGGACCAAGCGAUGGCAGCGGAGAUGGUUCGUCCUCUACGACGAUGGGGAAUUGACCUACUCGGUGGACGAACACCCGGAGACGGUGCCGCAGGCCAUCAUUGACAUGAAUCGCGUGGUGGAAGUGUCUUACGAGGCGGAGGAGGUGACUGGCCACCCAUUCAGCCUGGCGUUGACGGCGGCCGAUCGGGUCCACUUUCUCAAGGGGACGUCGCGUGAAGAAUCAAAGUGGUGGUUCGACAUCCUCUCCAUGUUCCCCAGGACUAAUAUGAAGACCGGACGUCAUAAAAGGAACGCCACCUUCCCCGGAAGCAAAGCCACGACGAUUAUUUCGACGCAACAACAACAACAACACCACCACCACCACCAGCAGUCGACGGCUCCCAAUUCGCCUUGUCUCAGCAAAGGUGUUUCGAUCCAGCCGUUCCAGACGCCGCCGAUGGCCCGACCGCGUUUCCACAGCCACACGGAGUCGCUGAUGCGGAGCGGUGCCCAGCACACGACGACGUCGUCUUCGUCGUCGAUGACGGGAGGCCUGCAGAACUUUAAUUCGCUGCCGGUCAAGGACACCAACGGCCGGAACGGCAAUUCAACUAGCGGUGGCAAUAACAACCGAAUUUCCAUCGAGGAAGACGACAUUAUUCCCGUCAAGGAAGUGGCGACUCUCAGUGUCCCAUCGGCCGUCGUCGCCACUUCGUCGUGUCCGCCGCUGCCCGCCAAAGUUGUGCCCGCCGAGAAGGAGAUCCUCAUCGUCGACAAGGAUUUUGACGAUAAAAUCAAAACGAGACGUGUCAUCCGCCGGGAGAUCCGCGGGGCUCGAAGCGCCCGCUGCAAUUCGGAAAUAUUGAGCAGCCUCAUCAUCCAGCCCGGCAACAACAUGAACAACAACAGUAACGGCCACAGCAACAACAGCGGCAGCGGCAGCAAUAACAGCGCCGCAGGCAAAGGUUACGCCCUGGUUCUGCCCAGCUCGACCUUGACGGCGCCCAUAGGCAGCAAGAACAACGCCGGACUGGGCAGCAGCUGCACUCCGUCCGAACGGCCGCGAUCGGCUUUAUUGCCGCCCGUCCCUCCUCCAUCAUCGACAACGACGGCGGCCACGGCCGUGGUCGCCGCCAGCCCCGUCCCGCCACGCUCGCCCGUCAUCAGCGCCAACCCACACAGCCCGUUUUAUCUGUACAUGGCCGACGUCCCACGAAACCGACAUUUCGAGAGUCUGGAGAGUUUGCAACAUGCUUUCACUAACAUGAAUAGUCCGUCCAGAGCUAGACACAGCAGCUCCAAGGACAUGCCGGACUCUGGUGUGUCUCACAAGACGGAGCCGGCAACGCCCGUCAUCGCCACCAAGGAUCGACCCAUGAGCAUGCACGAACUGGGGUCCGCCUCGGCUGAUCGACUGCGCAGUGGACUGUCGUCGUACGAGAGUUCCCCAGUUCGCCCAGCUGCCGCCCUCGAACGACAAACGACAACGACUCGUCAACCCGAAACUAUCAAUCCGCCCGGAGAAGCGGUACGAGGAGAUCCGGAUGGAUGCGGAUUAGACCCCGUGACGUCCUUCUGCUCGCCAUUACCCGAUCGCCGCUCGGCGCUGACAUUGACGGCCCCGCUGCUGGACGACAGUCUCAAAAAGGGUUGGCUCCUCCGCUUAUCUUACGGAGGAGAGUGGAAAAAGUACUGGUUCGUUUUGAGGUACAGUUUGCUGUCGCUGUACCGCGACCACGCGGCGGAAGACGCCGGAUUGGCCGACGAGACGAUCGAUUUGGCCCAGAUCGCCAGCGUGGACGAGACGGACUCUGGCCGGAGCUAUGGCUUCCAGAUGGCGGCCGUCGACGGCAAGAGGCUCUACUCUCUGGCAGCUCUCACCUCCGGCAUCCGCACCCAGUGGAUCCAGGCCCUGCGCAACGCUUGCAAUCAAGGCAAAAUGGCCCACCUGCCCACCAAGUUGCUGUCGGCCGCCAGUAGCGCCGCCGCACUCAAGGCCGUCAAGGAGAACGUCGAUCCGGCCGCCGUGUCCCGCCGCGAGGCGGAUGACGAAUCGCUGGAAUCCUACGACGGAUCGACCACCGAAGACGAGGACGAAGAUGAGCUGGACGACGACGACGACGGUGACGUUAUUGUCCAUCAGUCGGAAGACGAUGAAGACGAGGACGGCCAAGACAACGAGAAUCCACCCGGACCGGAACCCAUUCCGUCGCUUCCACUGUCGCCUCCACUCAAUCGAACUCCAAUGUCCAAGGUGAAAGAGCGGGACCGAUCGAGGUCCAGCUCGAGAUCUCGCUCCCGGCACCGUUCCGCUUCGCCGUCGUCGGUGAGAACCAACAGCCCGCCGACGGCUGGGCUGGUGAUUUCCGUUCCGCCUCCGUCACACGGUGGUGGGGAUGCGCCGGCCGGUGGUGGCGCCGGGCACGUCCAGAAUCGACUCGACGCGGCCAAGGGUGAAAUCACCCGUUUGCUCAACGAGCGUCGAGAACAAGAGAGAGAGGCCCAGCAGCAGCUGGUGACGCUCAACGCCAGGCUGGCCGAGAAGGAGCAGCAAAUGAACCGAUUGGCCGGCAUCCUCGAGGCCAACAAAGCCGAAAGCAAACGCCAAUUAAUCGACAUUCAGAACCUGCUGGACCAGAAGGAAGCGGAACUGAGGUCGUUGAGGGACGACUCGGCCAACGGCCGGGCGGAGAACGCUGAACUGCGUGACAGUCUCAAGCGUGAACGCUCGGAGGUUUACAAAUUGCGCGACGUGGCCCAGGAGCUGCGCUCCCUCCUGGACAGCCGCAACGACACGCUCAAUCAGCUGCAAAGCAAAACCAACGAGGUGGAGGUCCUCAACCGGAGGCUCAAGGCCACGCAGGAGAACCUCAGUCAGACCCAGGAGCGGCUCCAGCGCGGAAUCGAGGAGAACGAGGGACUUUUCGCCCGGCUCAGGCAGAUGGAGGACAACCGGGCCGGUGUAGGAGGUGGCGGCGCUGCUUGUGUCGGAGGAGUUGGAGGGUCCGGAACAGCCGGAUCGUCUUCUCUGAGGCGCAGCCGCAGCUCGACGGGCGGCUCCAUGCCGCUGCCGCUCCAGCUGUGCACCCGCAACCUCCUGGGCGGCAGCAGCAAGAAGAGUCUGCCCAGGCUGGACUCGCUGAGCGACUUGAGCAACAUCGACUACGACCUGGACCUGGAGUCGCUGGACCGCGAGAGUCUGGUCGACGAGUACGUGGAACUGCGGGCCCGGUUCGAGCGAUCCCUGGUGGAGAUCCGGGCCCUCAAGCGGGAGCUGCGCCAGGCCCAGUCGGCCGUCGACGGCUUUGAAGUGGCCCAGAUGGCCCUCAAGCAGCAGUGGCAGGCCAAGGAGACGGACUACAACUCACAGCUGAGUCUCAUGGCGGCCAGGGUCCAGGACCUGACCAGCAAAAUGGCCGCCGCCGACAAGCAGGUCCGCCAGCUCAAGAUCAAGGUGGCCAAGUCGGAGAGCCGCGAGAAGAGGCGGACCCAGUCGCUCAAGGGCCGCGAAUCCUUCCAGCUGUCCAAGGAAGUCGAGGACAAGCUGGUCGAUCUGGAACACAAAAUGGCCGCCCUGGGCACUCCGUCUUCUGCCGACAAAGAAGGUCCGCCGUCCAGGGCCCGAAAAGGAUUCGAGGAGCCGACCAAAUCGUUCCGGAUGCGACGCAAGUCACUGGAGGGUGGCGCCGUCUCCGGCGGCGGCGACUCGGUCAAGAUCUUGUUGCGAGUCGACCAGCUGGAACAGCAACUGGCCGGCCGUCAGAGCACCACCCCCACCCCCAGCGGUGGCAGGAAAUCGUCGUCGACGUCCAUCGAGCGCAAAAACUCGCUGCCCGGCAGGUCACCGCAGGGCAAACCGCCUCGUUCCAGCCCAUUGAAAGUGGUGACGGCCGGCACGGGAUUGUCCGCCAAACACUCUGUCACCCACGACGGGCCCAUCAGCCGCUCGUCGAAACUUGUUCAAGAUCUGGAACAGUGCGUCGUCGAGCUGGAACUUAUGUUCGACGGUAACAAGAUGGACGGCCAGAGUUUCAUCGGCAAAAUCCGCAACAUCCAGCAGGAAUUGCUGAACCCGGACGGUGUCCGCGUGGCCGUCUCGACGUCUGACGGAGCCUCGCAGGUGGAAAAGAUCCAGGACCUGCUCAGGGUCCGUCUCUCUGAGCUGAAAGUCAAGCGCGAUCAGGUCCGCAGUCUGGGCAAACUGGACUCGGCCGCCGUCAGCCAGAUCGCCGCCGAGAAGCUGGCCUUGGAGCUGGCCAUCGCCGAGCAGUUGUCGACCGUGACGGCCGCCAAGCAGCCGGAAGAGAGGGAAAUGCUCCGCGACGCCAACUGGACCAUCCACAAGCUCAGCUGGUUGAAACGCAAAUUGAACGGCGAGCGAUCGGCGCCGGCCCUGGACCAGUCGACCAGUUUUGGCACUUACUGCUCCGCCCUGGCCGAGCGCCUCUCGGCCAUCGCCGCCAUCUCCAGCACCUCCCGCUCUCACCAAGGAGCGGAAUUAGCGUCCGAGCUGGCCGGCAAUCCUUCGCUGCUGCCGCCUCGAGUGGCCCAGCAGCUGGCCGAGGAGGAGCGCGACUUGUCGAUCCUCUUCUCCAAGUACAAGGAGGAGAAGCUCCAAGAGCUGGCCCGCCUGCUGGCCCACGAGACCCUGCGCAUGGGCGACAGUCCCAGCGCCGACAAUCAGCUGGUGGAGGAGGUCAAGGUCCGCGAGGCCUGGCUGGAAGCCCAGGAAGUGGCCAACAAGGAGCUGGUGGACAGCGAAGUCCGGCAGGCCAUGACCCGCAUGGCCGAAGUCUUUGCCGAAGACGUUGCCGACGAGGAGCGUCUGGCGUCCGCCCUGCUCCUCUGGCCGGCCCAGCAGCUCCAGUACGAGCAGCGCUGCCAAGUGGUGGAGGAAGUCCUGCGCUCGGAGAUGGAAGAGGCCGUCCUGCUGCUAAGCAAUGCCUACGAACGGAGCCUCCAGCAGAUGAAGUGCCAGUCGUCGCUCCUGCAUCCGCCGGAAGGCGAUCUGGAAGCGGCCCUGAGCGAAUUCGCCGAAGUGGUGGCCCACAAGGCCCUGAUUGACGGCCACAUUGCCGUCCUGCAGGGCGAGACGCCGUUCCAGCCGCUGGCCACUAGCAGCGGAUCCGAUUCCAGCAUCGUCCAGAACGUCAGCAUCAUCCAGGAGACGGAGGCCAUCAUCAACUCGAUGUGCAGCCCGGACUUUUUCCCGGCCUCACUCAAUUGCGGCGAAGUGGCCGCCAUCCUGCACCGCAAUUUGGCCGAGCCCCGUAGCAACAGCAAACCGGAAGACUCCUCCCCCUCUUCCGGCGGAAGAGAAUCUGAGCGGAACGGCAACGGGAAUAACGCCAAGUCGUCGGCCAUCAACGAGGACAUGAUCCGGCAAAAGUACCAGGCCGAAAUCGAGCAGCUGCGCGCCCUGACGGAGAAGGGCAUGUCGGCCAUGGAAGGAUCUCACAAGCGAAUCAUCGCCCAGAUGGAAGAGAAACACCAACAGGAUCUGAACCGCCUCCAGGUGGAAAAGGAGCGGGCCCUUGCGGAAGAGACGCAGGCCACCCUGGCCGCCCUGGACGCGAUGCGCAAGGCCCACGAGGCCGAAGUGCAACGCGAAAUCGCCCGCUUCAAGGAAGAGUUUCUGAGCCAGGCGGCGGCCCGCCAGGCUCCAGCCCAUCGGGAAUUGACGCCCAACCGGGAGCAGGAGAUGGAAGAGAUCCGCCGGCAGAUCCUGUCGCUCAGCGAGAAGUACUCGCACAAGUGCCUGGAAUCGGCGGCCCUGGAGCAGAAAGUCUCGUCGCUCAGCCAGCAGAUGGCCGUCUCCCAGCGGCAGAUCCUCGACCUGGAUUCGCGCAACCAGCAGCUCCGCUCCUUCCUGGACACUGGGAUCGGCGUCGACCACCAGCCGGACGCUAGUCCGGCCGAAUUGCUCCGCGCCAAGGAGAGCCAGUUGCUCAUGUUGCAGGAGGACGUGGCCGAGCUGCAGUUCUGCCUGCGGGAGUCUCAAUCCCGCGAGGAAGAUCUGGCCGCCAUGGCCCGCAACAUGGGCCAGUACCUGCGGACGGAGCGGACCCUGCAGUCGGACGAAGUGGCCGCCCUGCGCCACCGACUGGAGGACCUGCUCCUCCUCAGCGGCCACUCGAGCGUCGGAGGCAGCGGCCCCAGCGGCCUGCAGUCCAGCAGCCUGCUGGGCCGGAAGAACAGCAGCGGCGACGACAAGAGCAGUCCGUCGCGAGAGUCGCCUCCGCGCGAGUCGAUCCGCUUCCACUACGUCCGCUCCAAGGACUUGACCCGCUCGCCCAGCUGCCCCCGACUGUCGGGUUUUUUAUCGCUGGCUCCGAGACUGACGGCCCGCUCAGUGCUCCCUCCCAAGGAUCUGUCCACCAGUCAGGUCCCGUCGGGAUCGAGCGCCACCCACCACUAACCUUGCCAGUCGCGCAUACCUUGGCGCCGCCACCGCCACGACGCCCGUCCCUCAUAACCCCGACGACGGACAGAACGGUGACGCACAAGGUGACUGUCAAACUUGGCCGGCCGGCUAUCUCGGAGAUGAGUUGCUUCAGUGCAGCGGACAAGGGCCUCAUGACCUUUGCCCUGCCGCUAACACCAACAACCACAACAACUAAUCUGAUGACCACUACUACGCAAUACUACUACCACUCGUUCAGCUUUGUCGAUAGACGUCCAGCACCUAAAAUUCCUCCGUCCACUCGUCCGUCUCCUCUUCCAUCUUCUUCUUCUUCUUCAUCGACUUGCACUUGGUCGUCCUCGUCCGCUUCUUCUCGCCUUAAUGCAGGUACUGCGGCAGCCACAACCCAUCCGUCCCGCCUAGUUCCCGUCAAACCGGACACGUCCAGCCCCCACCACCACCGAAGGCCAUUGAAUGUUCCUCCGCCGCCUUCCCCGUCCUCUUCUUCUUCUUCUUCUUCACUGCGCAGCAGCUCAACCGACGCUAAGUCUUACCUGAAACCUACCAAGGCUUCCUCGCUUAAAGCCCCUGGCACCACCACUACGAGAGCCAACAACAUUUCAUUCUGAAUUUUUCCUCUUUUAAAUCUUCCUUUGAUGCGCCGUGUGGGAUGAGGCUUUGUUGUUAUCAUCUCUUCCUUUCAAUAAUUUGAAAAAAUUUCAAUUUUCUGAAUUUCUUAUUUUUUCUUUUCUUUUACCCCCUUCCCAAUGUCAAAUCUGGACAUCCUAAAAAAGUAUUUUUUUGAUUACCAACGAAGAAAAAAGAAAACACUGAAAUCAAGAUCGAUGUGGCUUAUUAUUAUUUCAUUAUUUGAUAUCAACAGAGAAACAAAAUGUAUCAAAACUAACUUGUGUAUUUGCGAAACUAAUUUUUAUACGAUUUUUGGAUUGUUUUAUUUGGCUUCUCUUUUUUUAAAACAAAUUCUAUUUACUAGUGCGUGCUGCCGUUGCUUGUUUUUUUUUUAUCCCCCAUUUUUUUUUUAUUAUUAUUUUUAUUACAAAAUAAAUAAUUCAACAUUCAUCUGUGCCUGACCACAUUAAGGAAAUAAAAUGAAGUUUAUGACGGUGGUUUUAAUAACUAAAUCAAUAUGUGUCUCGCCUCUUUUCUUUUAAUUUUUUUAUCCAGAUAAAACAGAGGGGCGUAGACAAAAUUCAAACGAAAAAAUUGUCAUUUUGGCGUGCAGAGGGGGACAUCAACAUGGCGGUCGACGGCUUGAAACUCCCGCCAUUCCUACAAUAGGUGUCCAAAUUCACCGAUUUGCCAAACGAAAAAUGGCGUUGGAUUGUGAAAACGUUUCGGUUUGCGUGAGCCAAAUUGGAUAGCAUUAGGAUAAACGCGUGUCAAACGAUGGAUUAAAGUGUGGAAAUGAAAAAGAUUGUGAAAUAUGUUGAUGCCGGAUGACGCCAUUGUUGGGUACCACGGUGGCGCUAGUGUCUCGUCGAAAAGCAUUUUUGCCGCCCGUUGUAGUUUAGGAGAGAUCCCCCUCUCCCGCCUGACGGUGUUUGGAAAAAAGACUAAAGAGAGAGAGAGAAAUAAAAGCAAAACUGUUCUUCAACAAGAAACUGGGAUCAAGAUCGACAAGUUGUUUGAGAUCAAAAACCACGAUUGCCACGCAUAUAUAUAGAGAGCUCAUUGUUUUACGAUGAGCUUCACCCCGUUUGGCGGCUUCCCGACGACGUUGGCAACGAUCCCACAUUUCGCUGUUGGGAAAUUCCAGCAGGCCCAGGACCAGGGGUUUGUUUCAAUACCAUCGUCCCAGGGCCUGCAGAUAGCCGUCAGCACAGUGGACCCAUCACAACUGAAUCAUCACAACCUCAACGGGCAUGUCCAUGUUCCAACGUCCAGCACCCUCCAGAUCCAGAACCAGAUGCUCAAUACCUUGUUGAGCAAGACUGGCCAGAACGAUGUGUUUGUAAAAGUGGAAACAGAGGCGGAGGAAAACGAAAGGUUUCAGCAGCAACACCACCAAGAUAAAAGUGCCCAACAGGACAUUAGUAGUUUAAAUGAAUACCUGUCCCGGUUCUCUGGACCACCCACAUUCCCUUUCCAGCAGAUGUACAAAUACCCCACUGAGCUCAUCCACGUCACUCAGACUGAUGAUCAGCAGCAGAACAUGAUGAAUGACAACUCCCCAUCGGUUCAAACACCUGAGCAGCAGCAGUCUCAGGUCCCCAAGAAAGCCAAAAAGAAGAAAAAGAGACGUGAUCCUAUCCCUGGAGUGCCUAUGCCUAGGAGGAGGAGCACGAGUUUGCAGCCAGCGCUGACGACAGCUCUGGAUGGAACGACGCUCUAUGGAUGCCCUCAGUGCCACACGGUCUUCAACAAUCGGGAAGCCAUCGAGACUCACCUCACGAUACACCGAUCGGAGAGACCGUUCAUCUGCAACGACUGCGGUGCAGCUCUGAAACGUAAAGAACAUUUAGAUAGACAUAGGUCUUCGCACAUGACUGAACGCCCACACCCGUGCCCUGUAUGUAGCAAGACAUUCAAACGAAUCGAACACUUACAAAGGCAUUCGAUCAUUCAUCGAACUGAUAAAGUGCACCGUUGUCCUGAAUGUGGUAAAGGUUUCAAUCGCAAGGAUCACCUGACCAAGCACAUUCACUCCCAUAUGGCCAAGAGGAUUAAGCAGGAGCUUGGCCAGCAGCCAGGGAAAGCAGGGCAACAGAACAAUGACAACAAUUCCACCAUCAACAUUCAGCAGCAUCAGAGCGUUUUGGCGCAUCUGCAUUGAGAGUUUUCUUACGCCUGUAAAAGCAAACAAACCUUCCGCAGGAUCGGUGGUCGGUGGCCUCACAGUAUUCAAAAGUGACUAAAUAUGGUUUUUCUUUUUUUUUUCUAUUCUGUCCAAUAAUCUCUUUGAACAGUUGAUUCAUUUUUGUGUUAUUUACCUGUGUUUUUUAAUGUCAUGUUCAUAACACUAGUGCCGAUAAGGAGAGAAAGGGACAAACGUUUGGGGCGGCUAAACUUCGGGUCGGGUUGGGGGACAUUUGUCGAUUAAAAACUUGGCCGACAAGUGACAUUGAAAUAAUCCUUAUACAGAAAAAGAAGUACUGCUAGUCUAGCACACACACACACCUAUAUACACAUGCAAAGCUUCCAUUGUUGUAUUGCGAAAAAUAUAUAGAAGCAAGAAAUGAAGAAGAAGCUGGACUUAAAGAAAACAUUCAGGGACCAAAAUUGGAAAUCACACACACACAUGCGUUACAUACGAUGUUUUUUUCUUUUUUUCGAGAGCGUUGGCAUAAUAAUACUCUUUUUUUGCUUUUUGUCCAUUUCUGUUGCAAAAAAACACAGCGAAGAAAAGUUUGCAAGAAUUUUUCGUUUGGUUUUUGUUUUGUCUUUGUUGAAUUGAAAGCGCCUGUGGACGCAAACUUCGCCAUUGUACUUUCCUAGUGUGCCACACCUGUCCUCACUUAUACCCCUCUUAUGUUAUACUUUUCCCCGUAUCUGCAAGAUGAUCUUUUUUGGUAAAAAAGUCAAUGUCGAAAAUGUAUCCUCCUUACACUCAUUUCUCACAGUGAACGUGAAUGCACGUACCCGUGUCAUUUGUUUUCCAUCCAAUUAUUCAUGUGUGUAUUGCCGAUUAGCAAGGAGACAGCUGAAAUAUACGUGUCACAAUUUGUAAGAUA